AAUAUUAUAGGAUGUCUUUAGGAGCCCUUUCUGGGAAUUCUUAAUGGUGUAUGUUUCGGUUGGAAGAUAUUUCGCGACUCGGUGUAUCCUUUCGUUAUUUUAUGAAAUAGAGGAAGUUGUUAUAAUAUCCGGUAUCGAAGUUAGAAUGUUCGUUCGUGCCGUAUAAGCUGUUACGAACGUUUAAACGAAUGUUUGGUUUCGAUAUUUUGUCGAAGAAAUCGUUCGCGAUUGAAUAUAGUAAGCACUGGUCACCGAACGAACUAAUUUUUCAUAUUUUUCGAACGAUUUGACUGAUUUUUGGGAUCCAGUCACCGAAAACUUCCAUCAUUCCGUCAAUAACCGAGUGCCGACCCGCUGGGUGGCGAUCUUUCGAUAAGGGUUCUCUCUGCGAUAGGCUGGUAAGCCAGUCUACCGUUGGGCGUGUAACAACCAGCGGCAACUGGAAGUUGGCCCUGAACGCAGAGCCCCCGUGGCUUUGCUAGCACCCCCACAGUGAUUUUGUUUUAACCCGCUUCCUCACGACUCUACCAAUUCUUGUUGACAGCUGCCUCUUUGCUGCCUAGCCCCUGCAGAGUACCAUUUAAGUCUUAGAGAAAAAAAAACAUAAAAAAGCAUUCAAUAUGAAGGUAUCAAGUUCGGAUGAACGUAUCCAUGUGUUGGACCAUGACUCUAAUGUCAUGACAGUCAUCAAAGAUAUUGCCAUGAGCGGAUUGCAAGAAGAACCCUUCUAUGUACUUGACAUUGGUGAUAUUGUGCGAAAACAUCAAAUUUGGAAAGAGAAAAUGCCACGUGUCGAUCCAUAUUAUGCUGUCAAGUGUAACGAUCUUUUAAUCGUUAUCGAAGUCCUGGCUGCCCUUGGAAUUGGAUUCGACUGUGCUUCUAAAAAUGAAAUUAAUAAGGUGUUAAGCAUCGGAGUUGACCCAUCUAGAAUUAUAUUUGCUAAUCCAGCGAAGCCUGCUUCCCACAUUCGUCAUGCUGCUGCUAUGGGAGUGGAAACGAUGACAGUAGAUAACGAGAGCGAAUUGCAUAAAAUUAAGAGAUUCUUUCCAACGGCCAAGGUUGUUAUUCGAAUUCGGUGCGAUGCAGAUGUAGCUCAAUGCCAACUUGGUAUGAAGUUUGGCUGCGAUCCGAACCAUGAAGCUCCUAAUCUUUUACAGCUUGCAAGAAUAUUAAAUUUGGAUGUAAUUGGUAUAAGUUUUCACGUUGGAUCAGGAUGUCAAGAUCCACCUGUCUAUCAUCGAGCUAUUCAUCAUGCAAGAUUAUUAUUUGAUCUGGCAUCUGAUCUUGGAUUUAAUCCGUAUCUGUUAGAUAUCGGUGGUGGUUAUCCAGGAGAUAAAGGAACUAGCAUUGACAAGAUCGCCGAUACCGUCAAUAAAGCUCUCGAUGAAUAUUUUAACACCGAUGCUGUACACGUAAUUGCUGAACCUGGAAGAUUCUACGUAGCAUCUGCAUUUACUCUUGCCACAAGUAUUCACAGCAAACGCCCGGUACAUGGUGAUAAAAAUUUUCCAAAUACAAUCACGGAAAAUAUGUAUUAUAUCAAUGACGGCGUUUAUGGCUCUUUUAAUUGUUUAUUAUAUGAUCAUCAACGAGUAACACCUCUUCCCCUCAAGAAUGGUUGCGGAAAAUUGAUUCCCUCAAGUAUUUGGGGACCAACCUGUGAUGGUUUAGAUAAAGUCGUUGAAAAUAUUCUACUCCAUGAAAUGGAUAUUAAUGAUUGGAUUAUUUUUGAAAAUAUGGGUGCAUAUACUUUACCUGUUGCUUCACCAUUUAACGGAUUCCCAAUACCAAAAGUUCACGUUGUCUCCGAUAAAAACAUUUGGCUCUUAUUGAAAGACGCUUUACCUUUAACCGAAGAUCAUUUUGUAAUUGGUAACACGCCAGCUAACUUACGACUUGGCCUUGAUAUCAAGGAACUAAUAUUGAUGCAUGGCAUAGCCAUGGCAUAGUCUGACAACUAUUUAAUUGGCCUCUACAGACUUUUUAACAGAAGACACAACCAACAUCAUCGUCAAACAUCUACGACAAUGUUAGGGUCAAUCCACUUAAUGAAUAUCUAGAAAAACAACUUUAUACGGUAAACGAACGAACUCGCCAGCUUAAUAUCAUAGAAACUAAAACUAAUAAUCAUAUAAUAUUAAUUAUAUAAUCGCAUUUUUUUUUGUUCUAUUCUUAGUUACAGGAAAAGUUAACUAGUGAACUUUUAUUACAAACAAAUUUCAAUAGUUGCCAUUUCAUUUGAUUUUAUUUGAGGGAAUAUUUUUCCAUUUUUUUUUUUUCCUUUUUUUUUUUUUUUCUUACAUAUAUCAAAUAAAACAUGCUAAAACGUCCAUAAUUGAAAGGAAUUUCGUUUCAUUGAAUACAAAACAUAUAUUGCAACAACAAAAACCAGUACUUAUCUGCAUCACGUAAUUAAAAAUGUUUAGGAUGCAUGCCACGCAUAUACGCAAUAGAAAGAAGAAAAAAAGAAAAAAAAAAGAAAAAAAAGCAGUUGUAGUUUCCUUAUCAUUUUAGACGUAGGCUAUUCGCCAUAGAGGAAUCGAUGUUGAUUAUUAAAAUAAUAUCUUCUUCGUAAAUGUACUAAAAUAGAUUUUGCAUGUUACAAGCAUAUAUGUAUAUACAUAUAUAUAUCGAGUAUAUCUGUCGAGUAUACAAUCUCGAGAUUUAUAAUAGAUAUAUGUAUAUGUAUAUAUAGCCUUAAGAAAACAUACGAAUUUGAUUUCUACGUAUCGGUAUGUAUAAACGAACUAAAGGGUGAUUUCAUACUUAUCACUUAUAAAAUUUAUAUAUAUGUGUGUGUAUAUAUACAUAUAUAUAUACAUACAUACAUACAUACAUAUAGGAAAAUUUAAUUGCACAAUCAUUCGCUUUUAAUAAUUUUGUUUCUUUCGCGAUAAGGGUUUGUCAAUUUAAAAAAAGCUUAAGAGGUAAUAAAUAACUUGAAAAAAAAUGAUGAAAUGAAAAAAAAAGUUAAAUAAAAAUAGCGAGAAAUAAAGGGGAAGAGAAAAAGGGAAUGAACAUAUAAUUUAGCGUUUGAAAAGUGACGUCAUAUGUGCAACACGUAUAUACAUAUAUAGAGAAAAUCAACACAACAAAUAAGUGGCACAAUUAUUUAUACUUGGACUUUCUUCGUAAUGAGAGAAAACAAAAGAUAAAAAAAAAAAAAACAGACGGCAGAU